GACACACUUUUUCUCACUUUCUGCCACUCUGUACUCAUUCUGACACCACUGCACUUGCUUCCUUUAUUCCAGAUUGUCCCCAAAACUUUCAGCACCUCGGGGGGCAGAAGGACUUUUGCUCCUUGUGUUUCUUUCACUUUUCAACAGCUGCAGAGCACAAAAACCUCUCCGGGGCUCCUGGAAGAGCCAGAGUCACGGGCAUGGAGGCAACAUAGGGACUUCAUCCUGCAGGAGCUGCACUGAGACACCCAACUCACUCAUGAGCACCCAAGGAGGAGAGCCAGAGAUGGAUGACUGCCUGGAGACGCUGAAAGAUGAGGAGGAAGCUUUGUGGGAGAAUGUCGAGUGCAACCGGCACAUGCUGAGCCGUUACAUCAACCCAGCUAAGCUGACCCCGUACCUGCGGCAAUGCAAAGUAAUCGAUGAGCAAGAUGAAGAUGAGGUGCUUAACUCACUUAUGCUGCCCUCCAAAAUUAACCGAGCAGGGCGGCUGCUGGACAUUCUUCACACCAAAGGCCAAAGGGGCUAUGUGGUUUUCUUGGAGAGCUUGGAGUUUUACUACCCUGAACUCUACAAACUGGUGACAGGGAAGGAGCCCACACGGAGGUUUUCCACUAUUGUUGUGGAGGAGGGACAUGAAGGCCUUACCCAUUUCCUGAUGAAUGAGAUCAUUAAGCUUCAGCAGCAAGUAAAGACAAAAGACAUGCAGCGCUGCGACCUCUUGGCUAAGUCUCGCCAGUUGGAGGAUGAGCGAAAGCAACUAAAACUGAACAAGAUAGAGCUGAUUACCUUCCAGGAGAGAUACAACAAGAUGAAGGAGGAAAGAAACAACUACAACGAUGAGCUGGUCAAGGUGAAGGAUGAGAACUACAAUCUGGCCAUGAGAUAUGCCCAACUGAGCGAUGAGAAGAGCAUGGCUGUGAUGAGGAGCCGAGACCUGCAGCUUGAGAUUGACCAGCUGAAGCAUCGCUUGAACAAGGUGGAAGAGGAAUGCAAGCUGGAGAGGAACCAAUCACUGAAACUGAAAAAUGAUAUUGAAAACCGACCCAAAAAGGAACAGAUGCUGGAGCUGGAACGGGAAAACGAGAUGAUGAAAACUAAAAUCCAGGAGUUACAGUCCAUCAUUCAGGCUGACAAGCGGAGUUUACCAGAUUCAGACAAAGCCAUUUUGGAUAUCCUGGAACAUGACCGUAAGGAGGCACUGGAAGAUCGUCACGAGUUGGUCAACAAGAUCUUUAAUCUCCAAGAAGAGAUUCGUCAUGUGGAGGACUUGAGAGACAAGUAUCUUGAAGAGAAAGAAGAUUUGGAGUUGAAGUGUUCAACUCUAGGAAAAGACUGUGAGAUGUAUAAGCACCGUAUGAACACUGUGAUGAUACAGCUAGAAGAGGUGGAGAAGGAGCGAGACCAGGCGUUCCGCUCACGUGAUGAGGCUCAGACACAGUAUUCACAUUGUCUGAUUGAAAAAGAUAAAUACAGGAAGCAGAUUCGGGAGCUGGAGGAGAGAAACGAUGAACUCCGAAUUGAAAUGGUUCGGAAAGAAGCCUGCAUUGUUAACCUGGAGUGCAAACUCCGACGGCUCUCUAAGGACAAUAAUUGUCAUGACCAGAGUUUGCCACGCAAUCUACCCAUCACUAUUAUCUCCCAGACCUUUGGCAAUUCUAGCCCAAAAGCCAAUGGUCAGGAAGCAGACGACUCCUCCACAUCAGAAGACUCACCAGAAGACAACAAAUUCUUCUUGCCCGAUCAAGCUCGACUCAAGAGAAGAGUGAACCUAAAGGGAAUCCAGAUAAAUCCAAGAGCUAAAUCCCCUGUCAGCAUGAACAGAACAUCAGAGUUUCAAGCAGUCAGAGCACAGGACGAAGAUGGGGCCGAUGCCAGCAAUGGCCGCACGGACACUAGUUCCUCUAAUUCUGUUUCCAUCAGUAACUCCAUCAGCAGCUGCGAAGUCAGCAAAAUUCAAACCCUGAGAAAUCGCAAUGACAGCAUCAUGUCUACCACUCCUGAGCCUCCGGGAAACGACUCCAUCGUCCGACGCUGCAAAGAGGAUGCUCCUCCCUGCAGCAUGGUUGAAGAGGACAAUGACAGCUUUGGAUUUGAUGCUUUGGAGCUAGAUGAUGACAGUCAUGACAGGCACUCACAUGGAGCUCCUUCGGUGCACUCUUCUUCCUCUUCCCAUCAGUCAGAAGGCCUGGAUGCCUAUGACCUGGAACAUGUCAAUUCCAUAUUUAGAAAGUUCUCUCUGGAAAGACCUUUUCGUCCCUCUGUCACAUCUGUUGGGCGCAUCAGGAGUUCCUGCCAUACCAUCCAGCGCAUAACACUGAAUGGGGAUACUCUCAAUUCAGAAAUCACUCUUAUAGGAGGUAACGACAAAGGGAGCUUUGUUAGCUCUGUCGUAUCAGGAUCACUUGCAGAAAAAGCAGGUCUUCGGGAAGGACACCAACUCCUACUGUUGGAGGGCUGCAUCAAAGGGGAAAAUCAGAGUGUUCCCUUGGAUACUUGCACAAAGGAGGAAGUCCACUGGACAAUUCAGAGGUGCCACGGUCCAGUAACACUCCAGUAUAAAUCAAAUCAUGAAGGUUACAGGAAGCUGCUCUCCGAGCUGGAAGAUGGGCUUAUCGCAUCGGGGGACUCAUUUCACAUCCGCCUGAAUCUGAACAUCUCCAGCCAGCUGGACUGCUGUUCCCUAUCGGUGAAAUGUGAUGAGAUUGUUCAUAUUCUUGACACCAUGUACCAGGGGACAUGCGGGGGAUGCGACUGGCUUUGUGCCAGAGUCGAUCCUUUCACAGACAAGGACCUGGAGAGAGGGACCAUUCCCAGCUACAGCAGAGCCCAGCAACUUCUCCUGGUGAAGCUGCAGCGGCUGAUGCACAGAGGAAGCAAAGAUGAGACAGAGAGCUCACACAACACCCUGAGGGCUCUCCGGAAUACACUGCAGCCAGAGGAGCCUGCCCCACAGAGUGACCCAAAAACCAGCCCUCGUCUGUCCAGAGCAAGCUUUCUCUUGGGCCAAAUACUACAGUUUGUCAGCAGGUCUGAAAACAAAUAUAAGCGUAUGAAUAGCAAUGAGCGAGUUCGUAUCGUCACUGGCUGGCCCUCUGGUCUGGCACGGACCUCAUCUGAAGCAAAGAAACCCUUUCCUGAUAAACUGGAAGAUUUGGAUUCCAAAAGUGAAAUCAACAAGAGGCUGAUCCCUUACAGUUUGGUGAGACCCAUCCACUGUGAGCGCAGGCGCCCCGUUCUGUUCACCCCCACCAUGCUUGCCAAGUCCUUGGUUCAGAAGCUUCUCAACUCCGGAGGUGCCCUGGAAUUCGACAUAUGCAAGCCAGAUAUUGUAACAAAGGAAGAGUUCUUAAGGAGGCAAAGGAUGGAGACAAUCAUCUUCAGCAGAGAGAAGAAUCUGAGCACGUAUGAGUGCAUCGUACCUGCCAAUAUCGAGGCCGUCAGCGCCAAGAAUAAGCAUUGUCUCCUGGAAGCCGGAAUAAGCUGCACAAAGGAUUUAAUCAAAGCCAAGAUAUAUCCUAUUGUUCUUUUUAUCAGAGUCUCGGAGAAGAACAUCAAGAGGUUCAGGAAGCUAUUGCCAAAGCCAGAGGCUGAAGAUGAGUUUUUACGUAUGUGCCGUCUGAAGGAGAAGGAGCUGGAAGAGCUGCCGUGCCUUUAUGCCUCUGUAGAGGCAGAUGCAUGGAGCAGUAUUGAAGACCUUAUCAGAACAAUAAAGGACAAGAUUGGAGAAGAGCAGCGUAAAACCAUCUGGAUAGAUGAAGAUCAGCUCUAAAACCAGUUUGUGAAAUGGGGCUCUUUGACGACAAAAGGAUGUUCCCAGGUGGAGCAGAGGCCCACAGAGUUCUGACUCGGUGCCCAGUGCUCACUCCUGUCUCACUGUUGCUGGCUGGGGACUUGCUGCUGGCAGAGCCUGUGUAUGCAAUGGAACUGGAGCUGUGCUGGAUAGCCCACCCUUCAGGUGCCAGGGAUCGAGGACGUGGAUCAAACCACCACCACCGCAGCUUCUGACAUGGCAGCAUCUCUUUAUGGACAGCAGCUGUUGAACGAGUGGGAAGGACAAAAAUCUUGAGAGGGAUCUUGGGGUAAUUUAUUAUGUAAAAAUAUGGAUCACGGUUGGCUUAUCAUGCGCUUCUGAUGAGACCAAAUAAGUGGAAUCUAGGAGAAAUAAAGCGUGAGGAUUGGGCUAAAGGAAAUGGAAUUGAGGUGUGCCUCACACCUGUCUGGAAGUGAGAUUCCGAAUACACUCCAAUAGGGAAACUGAAGACUGUUUGGCAGCAAUACGAACACUACUGCUGAUGGCCAUAGCAGCUCUACAGCCCUGUUUUUCCAUUAGCAUUUUAAUCAGCAAGGAGGAAAAUAACUAUUAUUCCUGGCAUUAAUUAAAAUGACAAUUUUCCCUUUCUUUCUAGAGCCCAGUUCUAUUAACAGUUUUACAAGUUCUCUUUCAGUCUUGGCACUUAGAAAAAAAAAUAGACUCCACAGUCCCAGUGGCACAUCAGACCUUCCAAGGUCUGCAGAGGUUUCAUUUAGUUUUCCCCUGCCUCUGCAUUGCAUUCAUUUAUACAUCUCUCAAUGUUUAAUUUUCUUUUACUUGUUAAAAGUAACACUGGUGCCUUUUCCAGACAAGUUUCUCUGUUUCUCCAGUGAAAUCUGUAUUUCUCUACAACUUCAUUGCUGGCCAAAAUGCCUGCGCUCAACAGGAGGGACUGUUCUGCAGAGAGGAAAAGGAGAGCUUCAUAAGGCAGUAAUCGCUGGGAGCCGCUCCAUCCUUGACCUCUCUGCUGUGAUUGACAGCACGGGGACCAGCGAGUGCUGCUCUGUGCUGUGGCCAAGCAGGGUAACGUUUUCAGAAGCGUGUAUGUGACUCAGAAGACCACAUCCCAUUUUCAAAAGCACUCAACCCCUCAGAGAGCUGAAGUUCCACUGAUAAUGAGUGGGACUGGGACUCCUAAGUCUCGUAGGGCUUUUAACAUUUUUCCUCUAUACAUUAGACACUGUAUUGAGACUGCCAAAUUGAUUCAAUAAAACCGAUCAGAUAA